AUUUCUUUGCAGUGUAGCUGUAACUGGAAUGUGCAGGUUAAUAAGGGAAAAGAUCAAAAUGGAAACAUCACAUGGCAAGAACUCCGUAAUAGCACACGCCAAAAGCGUACUUGGGUUGCACCUCCACUCAGUGUGAUAGAACAACAAGAUAACAGAUACAGGAAUCCUAUAGCAAAGGUUCAUUCUGACUUGGAGGUGAAGAAGGGAAAAAUAAUAUAUAGAAUUACAGGACAAGGUGUGGAUAAACCACCUUUCAAUGUGUUUAUUAUGGACCCUAAAACAGGAUACUUGAAUGUGACCAAUGCCAUUAUCGAUCGUGAACAAACACCUGUAUUAUAUAUUACAGCCCAUGCUGUGACCUUAAGUGGCCAAGAAGUAGAAUCACCCCUACAGUUGACUGUCAAAAUUCAAGAUAUUAAUGACAAUGCACCAAUAUUCUCCCAGAUGGUAUUUGCUGGUUCAGUGGAAGAGAGAUCCCAAGCAAACACACUGGUGAUGGUAAUCAAUGCCUUUGAUGCAGAUGAGCAAAACACUAUAAACUCUCAAAUCGCUUAUAAAAUUCUCUCUCAGAAUCCUUCGAAUCCGCCAAUGUUCAUUAUAAAUCAGUACUCUGGUGAAGUCUACACAAUAUCUAAUUUUAUCGACAGAGAGGCAUAUAGUAGUUACAGCCUUAUGGUUAGUGGCUCAGACUUGAAUGGCGCUGCUGGUGGACUUUCUGGGCAGUGUGGUUCUGACAUCACAAUCCUAGAUGUGAACGACAACUUUCCUGAACUUGAAUUUGAUUCGUACUCAGUAAACAUUAUGGAGAACAUGGUUGGUUUAACUGACUUGAGGAUGAAAGUCUUUGAUGCUGAUGAGAUGUACACAGAUAACUGGAAUGCAAUGUUUGAGAUUGUGUCUGGCAAUGAAGGAGGGUGGUUUGUAAUCGAUACAGAUUAUCAGACAAAUGAAGGAGUAUUGCGAGUUGUCAAGUCACUAGAUUAUGAAUCAAUGAAAAUGGCCAACCUCGCUAUAAUAGUGACCAACAGAGCUGCUUUUCAUUAUUCCGUGAUGUCUGAAUAUCAAGCAAAAAUGACUAACAUUAAUGUUCAAGUACAAAAUCAGAUAGAACCACCUGCAUUUGUUCCAAAUACUAUUCAAUUGAACAUCCCACCCAAUUUAAGCCCAGCCGAAUUACUGAACUAUGUGAUUGGAAAAGCUACAGCUAUAAAUCAAGAAACGGGACAGGCUGCCACAAAUGUUGUGUAUAUGUUGGACAAUACUUCAAGCAAAUAUUUUGUAAUUGACUCUACAACUGGUGAAAUCAAAAUGACUUAUGAGAUGACACGAGGGAAUGGCCCAGAAACUAUCAACGGAUCAUACAAUGGUAUAGUCUACGCUGAAACUGAAGAUGGACUUAUUCGAACAACUGCAACUGCCACAGUUAUAGCAAAUAUUAGUUCUCCAAACCCAAUUGUAACUGCAUCCUGCCCCGUGAUUACUAAAGAGCCCCGUGUAAUAUGUCUGGACUCCAAGAGAACAAUCAUUAAUGCAUAUCAAGAGCCAAGUAAUCCUCCCUUUAUGAUAACUAUGUUACCUGAUGCUGACUGGUACCUGGAACCACUUAAUGCUACAGCUGUGACCUUGGUUGGAAGACCAUCAGUGAGCCCUCGUAAUUAUAGCUUGGUAUUCAAUGUUGCGGACAGUAACAAUUUAUCCUGUCCAAAUCCAUUCCAAGUUACUAUACCAGCCUGUGAAUGCACUCCUUCUGGAUCUUGUGAUGCUUCAAAAACAGCAAGCAAAAGUGCUUCUCUCGGCCCAGCUGCGAUUGGUCUCAUGGUUUUAGGAUUUUUAGCGCUUUUGUUGGCUCUUCUUUUACUACCACUGUGUUUAUGUGGAGCCGCAGCUGGGCAAAAAUUUGUUCCAGUUGCUGCUGGUUAUGAAGGUGCAUGUCAUCAGUGGGGUACAGAAGGUGCAAAACCCGAGGAUGUGGAUAUGACGAGUAUGCUUAUAAGUUCACCUGGCGCGGGCUCAGAGGUUCACACAAUGAAUUAUGCAGGUCCGCUAAGAGAAGAAGCAAUGCUGACCCGAUCGGUAGAUGGUGGAAUCAGUGCAAUGGGUGAAGGCGGUAGAGGAGGUGCAGGUGGUGCUGGAAGAGCUAUUUCCACUACUGGCUUUGAGACAAACACCUAUGGAAACGGGGCAAUGAGAUAUACAGAUAGAGAAUUUAAUGAUUCAGUAAUGGGAACUCUGCCACCCUCAUAUAAAGAAGGCGGUACCUUAAAUAUGGCUUAUGUGGAAAACUACUUUGCUGAUAAAGCAGAAGCUUUUGCCAAUGAGGAUGAGGGCCGUCCAUCAAAUGACUGUCUUCUGAUCUACGAUAAUGAAGGAGUUGGAAGCCCAGCUGGAUCUGUGGGAUGCUGCAGUUUUAUUGCGGAUGACUUGGAUGAUGCCUUCUUGGAUACCUUGGGACCAAAAUUUAAAACACUAGCAGAAAUAUGUAUUGGUUCAGAGAUUGAUAUGCCUGGGGGUAAUCAGCCCAGAUCGUUUCCCAGUGUUCCAAUAAUCGAAACUGAUUUUGUAGUAGAUGAGCCUACUUUGAAUGUUCAUAGUAACCGGUCUGUACCAGUUAACAGUUCUGCCUUUGUUACUGAAAGCUCAUUUCCACCUACUAACUUCCAACCAGCUAUGUCUGUACCUGAACCAGUCAAUUCAGGUAAUGUGUUUGUAACUGAAACCUACACAACCACUGGGAGCCCCAUGAGAUCAGUUGUACGCUCUGUGGAGCCAAGUAUGCCUGCUAGUUAUCUGGUGACAGAAAGGGUGGUUGGCUCUACCUCCACCCCACGUGCAGUAUUUACUAAUGUCCCUAAUAGUUCCAAUGUCAUUGUAACAGAGAGGGUCCUCCGUCCAACAUCUGGUGUUCAUGAAUUUAUAGAAUUACCAAAUUUGCAAAGUCUACCUGAUUCAUCCAAUGUUGUGGUGACAGAACGUGUUGUAGAUUCUGGUACCGCAAGACAAUCCAAAGCAUUUACUUUCCCGGACAUGAGUGAUUCCCAGAAUGUUGUAGUCACUGAGAGAGUAAUACAGCCAUUAACAACUGAGAGGGUAUUACAACCAAUCUCCAAUGUUCAAGGGGGUUUAAGUAUUCGCCCCGACAUGGGUAGCUCUCAAAAUAUAUAUGUGACAGAAAAAACUGUACGGGCCGGCCCAGCUACAACAACCCAUAUGUUGAGUGCAGAACCUGUGCUGAUGCAAUCAGUAGGUUCCACAUCUCCUAGCUUAACCCGCAGCUCUGUUAGGACGUAUAGCACAGUCCAAUACACUAAAAAGUAGAUUUGUUUCUGCAAUAGUUCAAAUACCAUGUAAAUGAUUUCUCUAAAUUGUGCAGAAACCAAUGAAUAUGGGGGGGGGGCGGGAGGAGGGUAUUUAA